UUGCCGGUACGGCAAUGAUCGUCUGUGCUGCUCUGUCAAUUCUUCCACAGCCUGUGUCGAUGUGUAUGCCUGUGUAUGCUACAGCUCGACCGUGUAAAAACACGACAAUUCUACGUGAAGUGCGAUAUUGGUAUGUAUUGGUGCGACGGUGAAGACUUGACAGAAAAGCGAAUUUACCAGCCGAAAAAAACAUCAUGACGUCGAAAUCGUCCCUGUAUCGAAAGCGCCGUCUCAUCCUUGAAGAAGAGGAACGAAUUAUGCGGGAAGAACGUGAUGCAAUGGAGGCUUCCAGCUCUGUUUCGGUACCGGCAUCGGGGGCUUCCGGCUUUGCUACGGAGCCGGCAUCGGAGCCCAUGAAUUUAGAUGUUUUAUAUGAUUCCAAUACUGUAUCAGUAGAUAGCGUUGGUGGUGGUAUAGUGGGUAGUAGUAUAGAUGUAAAUACUAACGAUAUUUAUGAUGAAGUAGAAGAACCGGCUGAACUUCGCGAUGAUUUUUGGACGGAAGCUUAUAGCUUCUUGAACGAUUUUUCAACGUUGAAAGACGCUUUGAAAUAUUUGGCAGUGGCAGGGCAUCUUUCUCGAAGUUUUCUCAACUUGCUGUUGGCGAUUUUAAGAAAGUUUGGACACCCUGAUCUACCGAAAGACGCUCGUUCGCUUCUCAAAAUACCCAGAGUAAGCAAUGAGAUUCAAACCGUUGCAAGUGGACGUUUUUGGUAUCCGGGUAUUGAGGUUGCCCUUAGAAAUGUUUUUAAAAAUAGCCCUCCACAAGUGACGAAUUUAAGCCUUCAAGUAUCGAUUGAUGGACUUCCACUCUUCAAAAGUAGUGUCACUCAGUUUUGGCCAAUUCUAUUCAAGGUAGAAGAGAUAUCCGAUUGUCCGGUAAUGGUAGCGGGUGUAUUUAGCGGCCAAACCAAACCCGGUAGUCUCGAGCAAUUCCUGCGUCCAAUAGUUGACGAAAUUAACAAUUUACGGUCAACAGGCAUACAGUUUGGUGAUCAUGUACUUCCAGUAUGUAUUAAGGCCUUCAUUGCUGAUUCACCAGCACGGGCUUUUAUUAAGUCUGUUAUGGGAUUUUCGGGUAAACACGGUUGCACGAAGUGCACUACCGUUGGAGUGCAUGUGCAACCCGAAGGUAAGGUAAUUUUUAAUCCUUCAUCUAGAGGAUAA